AUGUCAGAAGACAGUGACUCUCUGAGAACCAGCCCCUCAGUGGCCUCGCUUUCCGAAAAUGAACCGCCACCACCCCCCGAGCCUCCAGGCUAUGUGUGCUCACUGACAGAAGACCUGGUCACCAAAGCCAGGGAGGAGCUGCAGGAGAAGCCGGAAUGGAGACUUCGGGACGCCCAGGCCCUUCGUGACAUGGUGCGGAAGGAGUACCCAAACCUGAGCACCUCACUGGACGAUGCCUUCCUGCUACGCUUCCUCCGAGCCCGCAAGUUUGAUUACGACCGGGCCCUACAGCUCCUGGUCAACUACCACAGCUGCAGGAGAAGCUGGCCCGAAGUCUUCAAUAACCUGAAGCCGUCAGCCUUGAAAGAUGUCCUCGCUUCUGGAUUCCUCACCGUGCUGCCCCACACUGACCCCAGGGGCUGCCAUAUCCUCUGCAUCCGCCCAGACAGAUGGAUCCCGAGCAAUUAUCCAAUUACCGAGAACAUCCGAGCUGUGUACUUGACGCUGGAAAAGCUCAUUCAGUCUGAAGAAACCCAGGUGAAUGGAAUUGUAAUCCUUGCAGACUACAAAGGAGUGAGCUUAUCAAAGGCAUCCCAUUUUGGCCCUUUUAUAGCCAAAAAGGUGAUUGGCAUCCUCCAGGAUGGUUUCCCCAUUCGGAUAAAAGCAGUCCACGUGGUCAAUGAGCCUCGGAUAUUUAAAGGCAUCUUUGCCAUCAUAAAACCAUUUCUGAAGGAGAAAAUAGCAAACAGAUUCUUCCUCCAUGGGUCUGACCUGGACUCACUCCACACAAGCCUUCCAAGAAGCAUUCUCCCCAAGGAGUACGGGGGCACAGCUGGAGAGCUGGACAUCACCGCCUGGAAUGAGGUGCUGCUGGCCUCAGAGGAUGACUUUGUGAGAGAGUUCUGCCAGCCUGUCCCUGCCUGUGACAGUAUCCUGGGCAAGGCCCUGCUGCCUGAGGGGCUGACCUCCGAUGCGCAGUGUGAUGACUCCAUGCGGGCUGUGAAAUCACAGCUGUACCACUGCUACUAG